UAAUUUAAAAACUCCCAAACAAGUACUAGUUAUUGAGGGAGAUAGGAGUUUGUAAUCUGAAAUUUGAUUACUGAAUUAAACCGUUUCUUUCCUAUAUGUUAACGAUUUUUUAUUUUAUUUUAUUUUUUGUUCUUCUCUUUUAUUCAUACGAACAAACAGGGAACCAGAGGUGGGAAAGAAUUUCACUUUGAGCAGAGUUCUUCGCACGUUAGAAUUCUGAGAGAGAGAAGCAUUGGAAAACAAAAUAAAAGUUACAUGUAUCUAACAAUUUGUUCUCAAGCGAUUGCGUUUCAGAAAAAAGUAAAAAGUCGAGCAAUUCAUCGAAUAUGGCAUCAGGUUCUGGUUCCGAAGAAAAUCAAGCUACCAAUGAAGAGUUCAAACACUUUGAUAUUGUGCAAGAGGCAUCAGAUCAUCACUACAGAAAUUCUGAACAGUCGAAAAGUUUUUCCAAAGUCAACAGUUUUGCUCAUCGGAAAAUCAUGAGAGAGUGGAGAAGCCUCGAGAAAGAUCUUCCGGAAUCCAUUUAUGUCCAGGUUUACGAGACUAGAAUUGAUCUGCUUCGUGCUGUGAUUAUUGGCGCUGAAGGAACGCCUUACCACAACGGUCUCUUCUUCUUCGACAUUUGCCUACCGUCUGACUAUCCAUUUCGACCUCCAAAAGUGUACUAUCAUUCACACGGCCUUAAUUUGAAUCCAAAUCUUUAUGCUGAUGGAACAGUUUGCUUGAGCCUCCUCAACACCUGGUAUGGGGCCAAAACGGAGAAGUGGACUCAGAAUUCUACUAUUCUUCAGGUUCUGGUAUCCAUUCAAGCGCUCGUGCUUAACGACAGACCCUAUUUCAACGAGCCCAGCCGUGAACGUGGCAAAAAUCGCAAUUGUCCAAAAUGGAUAAAAAAUGUCGUGACCUAUAACGAGAAGGUAUUCAUUUUGUCUUGCAAGACAAUGCUCUACACAAUGCAGAACCCACCAAAGAAUUUUGAGAUUUUCGUCAUUGAGCACUUUUGCAAGCGCGCAGAUUCCAUACUGGCGAACGUUAUGGCUUAUCAAGAUUUUUUCUUGGUGGUUGGUGCAUCUGAGAUUAAAGCUUCGAUAACAUUUAAGUGGAAUUUGAGAAGGAUGCAUUCGAAGCUCAAAAGGGUCUUUGACACAAUUUCAAAGCCAAACAUCAAUAACUCAGAGAAAAUAGAAAAUGUUAAAAAGGAGAUGAAGCCACAUAUGUUCAAAAUUGACUUUAUAGUUCCUGCAUUUUUGGUUCUCUUAGCAUGUGCCUUGCCGUUUUGGGUUAUGUUCAUGCUUUCUUAGUUCCCAUAUAUGUCACUAGCAUGUCAAAGAAUUUUAUGUACCAAAACGGUAAAAUUUCACUGGCCAAGAAACUAUAGAUAUUUAUAGUAACGUUACUUUUUUUUCCUGCUUUA